ACGUCAGGGGGGAGAGGACAAAGCAAAUGCUGUGGCUGCCGGUCAAAAUUUUAUUUAGAAUUUUUAGUUAAAAUAAAACAAAGUGAAAACAAAAAAAAAGUAAAUAAAACAAAAUCAAAAUACCAUGGACGUAGAAAUGGAAACGGAACCGGUAACAGAGGCCGAGAACCUGUUAAGCCUAAUUAAGCGUAUGCUCCACGAGCGCGAUUUCGAUGGCAUCAAAAUGCUCUUCCAGAGCCCCGCGGUCUUCGCGGAAAUCGAACCGCACAUGCCCGCCGCCGCAUUGGACAUGUAUACGGAAAUUUGCGCACCGACGUUAACGGACGAAACAAAUGUGGACGACACGCAGUUGUUCGACUGCGUCAAUGAGCUGCUGAAGAUCGUCGCUAAAUAUGCGCCGCUGCACCAGUUUAUGCUGGAGCUGAUGGAAAAGAUCGAGGAGAGCAGCAGCAUAGCCAUAUUCUCGGCAUAUCUUCGCGCAUUGCAAGUGGUGCUGCUGCGACAGGGUCAGUCCAAGCCGCAGGCCAUCGAGUGGUGUCUCGCCUCUGUAGUUACACGUGUGCGGGAGCUGCCGUUGCCGCAGUACCUCAGCGAUGGCUACGAUGAGCAACAGGCCAAUCUGCUGGAGCAGGACAAACAAAUCGAGGAAAUGCUGGCGCAUUACAUCACCAUCGAUCUGUGCUACGAACCACUCUUGAAGGUGGUCCUCGAGCAGGAUUGCAACACAUCGGUCUUUCGGGAUUGUGGCCUGAAUCGUCGUAAUGCCUUAACCUGCUUCCUGAUUCAGCUGCUGGGCAAACCACUGGCCCUGCUCGAGCUGAGCAAUGUACCGAAGCGAUUGCUCGAGCCGGGACAAGCGCACAUCUGUACGCCCAGUCCGUGGCGCCUGCGGCCGGAGUUGACUCAGCAAAGUUAUCUCCAAGCCCGCGCCAAGGCGGGCAAAACACAAUCAUAUGUCCAGCAGGUACUGCACACUCUGGUAACGGACGCCUCCCGAUUGCUGGGGGAUCCCUACUAUCUGCUCUGCCUGGUGGAGCAGCGCGCCCGCUGGAAACGUCGCCUGGACGCUGAAAAGGGUGUCUACGAGAUGAGCAGCCACAAUAUCUUCCUAAUCGACGAGAAACUCCCACUGCCCGCCCUGGCCAUGUAUUAUCACGCUCUGCUCGUGGGCCAAUUGCUGCCCAAGAGCGCGCCCAAAGUCUAUGCCCCACUGCAUUUAUUCGAAUCGUGUCUAUACUUGGUCUCGGUGCUGCUGGAGCAACCGGAGCCGCCGAUGCAGCAUUGUGGAUUACGCUUGAAUGAUUAUGCGCUCAGCAUCCUGACGGAGCCUGUGCCGCAGCGUUCGUUGGAUUUGGAGGUGCACAAGCGCUACUGUGAGGUGCUCUGCAAGAUAACGGGCUAUUCCUCGCAGGAGUCGCUGCGUCAACUGGGCCUCCAGGUGCUGCAUCACUAUAUACUCGCCUUCGAGGAUACAGCCAAGUAUUUCAUAUUGAAAAACCUGCUGGAAACUGUGCAGCACGACGGCAUCUUGGGCUAUCUGGCGGGAAUGUAUAAGGAUUUGGCUGCUGCGCAAAUGGAGCUGAAGGUGCCCCUGAGCGAGGUCUACAGCGGAGUACAGUUCCGGUCCAUGGUGCUGCGGUGUGUUUGCGUGCUCCCCCAAGACGUGAAAUCGGACCUUUUGAUGCAUUCGGUGACCAUAUCGAAUGCCCUGAACAUGGUGCGGUACUUUGCCAUGGCUGACCUUGAGAACCGAACGGGAUUCUGGGAUGUGCUGCCAGAGAUUGAGCAGCGAUUCCUGGAACCCCUAAGCAAAGCCCUAAACUUCUCCCUCGCCCACUACAAGGCGUACAAGGAACGGGUGCUCAAUGGCCAGAGCUCAUCCGACGACGAGCUAAUGCAGAAGCAGCUCAAUAUGCUGGCCGUGAACAUAACCAACAGCGGGAUGGACGGCGGCGAGGGAGAUGGCCAUUUGCCGGACAUUGGGCGAGAGGAGAAGCUCGAGGUGUUGGCCGGGUCCAUAACGGGACUGGAGUCACUGCGCGUGCUCUACCUGCUGACCAGCGAUAAUGUGGAGCAGAGCUCGAUAAAGCGCAAAAAAAUGAUCCAAUCGGACUAAAAAUUGGACAAAAGACAAAUCAAAAGCAUCUGUUUCUAUGUUUAUAUCUCCUUUGAUCGAACGUAAAUGAAAACGAAAUUUAUCCGACAAUCAUAAUUGCA